AUGGCGCCGGCCGGCCGCCCGCGAGGGAAAAAAAUUAAACCGUCCGUCCGCACGCGCCUGGUUGGCAGGCAUGCAGACGUGCACGCGCGGCCCGCCCGCGAUCAACGCGGCAACCCCGCAGUCAACGUGCAUGCGCGUCAUCCGCGCCGCGUCGCACCCAUCGCGGACCCCCCCACGUCCCCCGCCCCAAGCCCCCCACGUCCCCCGCACCAAUCACGCCGCCCGAGGCGCGCAUGCACGCAGGCGGUUUCACGCGCGUGCCCCGGCGUCCCACCCGCCACCUCCCCUCCGCCGCAUCGCUGCCGCCUGCCGCCGCUGUCGGCUCCUCGCCUGCCGCGCGACCGCUGCCGCCUGCCACUGCGCCUGCCGGACGCCACCGCCGCCGCCUGCCGCCGCUGUCGGCUCCUCGCCUGCCGGACGCCACCGCUGCCGCCUCCUCGCCUGCCAGCCGACAGGCCCGCCGCCUGGUUUGCCCCGCCGCCUGGCAUGCCCCCUCCGGACGCGUCGUUCGCGGCGGCCGAGGGUCAAAGCGCCUGCACGCCGGCCGCGCGGUCAUUAACGCGCCGACGUUAA